AUGUCGGGCCACGUUCUCCCCCACACACAGCUCGACGACACUGGUGGUGUGGGCAGAUGGAAGGACGCAGACAGCAAAGACGGCCAAGGCCCCGUAAAGGCUGCGUGUCUGAGCUGUCGCCAGAAGAAGGCAAAGUGUGAUGGCGUCCAACCAAGCUGCGGACAGUGCUCGCGCAAGCAGAUUGAGUGCAUCUACAUCAAGUCCAAGCGCGGCGGUGCCCGCAAGAAGCGCGUCGCAAACCCGCCGGCCCCCAUUGUCGAGUUCCUCAAGCGUCUUGACAGCCUCCUGAGCGUUCCAAACUUUGGCCUCCAGCAUGCCGAGCCCCAGGAGGGCGACGACCCGACAAACGUCGUGCGAACCUUUGCAUCCAACGAGGAAGUCCUCCGCUGUUACUACAAUGAGGUCCACCCUUACCUCCCCAUCCAGCCGCCCCGCCACUACCUCGUAGACGUGCUGCCCACGCUGUUGACGCCCGAGUCGCCCUUCCUGCUCGCCGCGCAAACAAUCAUGACCCUUAUCCCACACACCCUCGACCCAAGCCCCAAGAGCGCUAGCAGCAAGCGCCUCCGCAGUGCUGCGUCGGCGUCCCUUGGAAAGAAGACCAUGGCCGCCAUCGAGCGCCAGCUCGCAGUCGCUCCCCACCUCGAGUGCGUCCAGGCACUUACCCUUCUGGCGGUGUGGGAGUGGGGCAGCACCAACGACGCCGAGGCAGCCAUCGCGCGCUACUCACAGGCCGUCCAGAUCGCCAUGGCCAUAGGCAUGCACGACCUCGACAAGGACACCCCCAAGGACGCCAAGGGCAAUGGAUAUGCCCUCGAAGGUAUCAAUUGGCGCAAGGAUGCGCUCCGCCGCACCUGGUGGUUGCUGUAUUGCUACCAGAUCACUGCGUCAUUGGUCUCGGGUAUCCCAGCUCCGGUGGGAACCGACGACCCACGCAUCAAAGUCGACUUCCCCGUCUGCAGCGACAAGGACCGGACAUGGUCGACGUGGAUCAACUGUAUUCGCGAGUGCUACCGCAUUGUCGGCCUCGUCAACCAGAUUGUCUUUUCGGUCCCGCCGGACAGCGAUGCUCCCGGUCUCAACUCGUGGGCAUCGCCUGGCGAACCCGGCGAGCUCAAGGAGAAGCAGCGCCAGAUGCUCUUUAUCGACAAGGAGAUUAAUGAGCUCAUGAAGCAGGCCGAGCGCAUGUCGAUCAUUGAGCAUGUCCCCGGCGGCGAAGACGAGGUGGCCAAGAACCAGCAGAGCGCGUGUCGCUUUGCCCUUGCGGUGGCCAACAUUCAUCUCCACAGGUGGACUGCCUUCCCCGAGGUUUCCUUCUUCUCAAAGCGCAUUUGUGGUUUCCCCAAGGGCGAAGAUGACGACGAGGUUGACUCGCCAUCCCAGCUCUCUGCGGGCUCGGGUGCUGGCGUGAGCCAAGGACAGACGAGUCCUGCGGACCCCAACCCGCUGUCGACUCAGCAGCGCCAAGUGUCGUACAAUUCGGCACCGCCGCCUCCCCUCAUCCCCGAUCCAGGAUAUGCCGCCAACAACAUGGCCCAGUACCCAGUUCCUCAGGCUACUGUUCCCACGCCCAAUAACAUUCAGUCUGCACCUGCCAAUAUUGGUACCGCGCCACAGUCCAUGCCUGGUGCCGGCGGCGGCUACGGUGACGACAUGUACCAUGUCGACCAGAUGAUGGCCAACUUUUCUGUCAACCACCACCAGCCGCCGCCGCUCCAGCAGCAGCAGCAGCAGCAGCAGCACCAGCCUGCGUACGCGACGACGUCCCAGCAACAGUUUAACAACUAUGGCGCCCCGCCCCAGCAGCAGCAGCAGCAGUUCAACGCCAGCCCCCAGUCGCAGACGUUCUCGUCGCCCACGUCGCAGCAGUAUGUUGCCACUCCGGCUCAGUUUGCCCCGACUCCCCAGACUAUGGUUUCCACCCCGUUCACCCCCAACUCCCAGCCACAGUACCCCACUCCGGCUCCCCAGCCUCAGCAGCAGUACUCUGCCCCGCAGCAGCACCAACAGUACAUGCCCGGUGCAUACCCUGGCCAACAACAACCCCAGCAGCAACAGCAGCAGCAGCAAUACUACCCGCAGCAGCAACAGUUUACCCCCAACGCCCAGCAGACGUUCAAUGCGAGUCCCCAAAGCUCUACUUUGCAGACGUACGCAUCGCCGCCCGGAAACAUGGCCAUGCAGCCGCUCCAAAACCAAAACUCGUACACUCCGCCGUACCCGGCCCAGCAAAUGGCUCUUCAGGUCCAGCCUGGACCGUCCACUAUCAGCCCUGUGUGGAACUCGAAUGUGAUGGAGUGGCAGCAGAACCAGCAGCUCUACGACGGUGUCAUCCAGGACAUGUGGGACCCCAACUCGUUCCCCACCUACCUGCCGCAGCCAUGGUUUGCGCAGAACAAUGGCGCCAUGCAGCUCUUCACCAGCGGCGAGAACCAGCUCGCACAGAGCUACCCUGCCUUUGAGCUGCCACCCGAGAUGGCGCCCGUUCACGACAUGGCUGUGGGUGCGCCCAGCGGGUCUGGCUCUGCUGGUGGCCCGGGUUCCCUCGGCGGCUUUAGGAAGCACAAGGCGUGGGGCGUGGACGACAAGGGCGACCCGGAUGUCCAGGCUGCCGAGGAGGCCGCCGAGGCCAAGCAGUCCGAGGCCUUCCCUCCAGGCUUCAGUCUUGCGCGCUGCGCGACUGCCGCACACACGAUUGUGCGUCUCGAGAUUCUGCACCGCAGUGCGGCCAUGGCGGCCGACGACGGCAUCCCGCGCUGGAUCCCCUUUUGCUCGUGCGGUCUGGUGUCUGGCGCAUACGCAUUCUUGCUCCUCAUCCUCGCUGUCGAGGCGCAGAACGGCUACACCGACGAGAGCAGGCAGCAGGUCGAGGACCUGUUCACCAACGUCAAGAUCAUCCUGGCUGGCCUUGAGGCGUACGGUGUCAUGUGGGAGGGCAUCAACAUGAUGGCGACCGAGGUCCGCUCGGCUAUCGACUAUGCGUCCAACCUCGCCUCCGAGGUCCGCAGCCAGCGCAGCAACGCAUCGUCUCCGUCUGUCCCAUCGUCUCUCCCAUCUGUGUAA